AUGUUUAAAUACGUCGCCGCGGAUGAAGAGAACAACAAGACCCUGGCAGAAAUUAUUCGAGAUAAACGUGGGCACGCCGACACGGUUAUCCCGAACGCAGUCAAGCACCAUGAAGUCGUAGAGCAUAUUAAUGUCAAUGCGAUGACAUCUCUUGUGUUAUUCCAAGCGAUGUUUGGCCUGCUUAAGGCGAGGAAGCUGAUGCAGAAGUUUAUCCCCAUUUCUUCUGCAGCGGGAAGCCUGUCUGCAGCGGCUCCAUUCGGCUUGAUCGUGUACGGAGGGUCCAAGGUUCUCCUGAACUAUAUCACCCGUAGAAUCCAUUUCGAAAACGAGUGGCUAGGUGCAUUCCUCCAUGACUCAGAGAAUGGUUUUCUAAUUCCAAGUUGCCCUUGGAAGUCGUAUUCCCGCUCACCCCACGUCGUCCGAACGAACUUGUACGAGCAGGGUCGCGAAAUGGACCCAACCCAUACGUUCAAGAAGGUCAGCAUUGACGAAGUCACGAAGCCCAACGAUGCCACCGUUCUCCUCGUUGACAUCGUCGAGAACGCCACUCGCGAGAAUGAAGGAGGACAAUUCAUUAACAUUGAUGGUUCGAGGCUUCCGUGGUAA